AGCACCCCGGCAGGGGCUGCGGGGGUGGUGGCGCGAUGGCGGCUGCGGCGGUGUCGGAGGCCUGGCCGGAGCUGGAGCUGGCGGAGCGGGAGCGGCGGCGAGAGCUGCUGCUGACCGGGCCCGGGCUGGAGCAGCGGGUGCGCGCUGCGGGCGGGCGGCUGCCGCCGCGGCUCUUCACGCUGCCGCUGCUGCACUACCUGGAGGUGAGCGGCUGCGGCAGCCUGCGCGAGCCGGGCCCGGGCCUGGCUCAGGGCCUCCCUCAGCUGCACAGCCUCGUGCUGCGGCGCAACGCACUGGGGCCUGGCCUGAGCCCUGAGCUCGGCCCGCUGCCCGCGCUGCGCGUGCUCGACCUGUCAGGCAACGCGCUGGAAGCGCUGCCGCCGGGCCAGGGCCUAGGCCCCGCCGAGCCGCCGGGCCUCCCGCAGCUGCAGAGCCUCAACCUCAGUGGCAACCGGCUGCGCGAGCUGCCCGCCGACCUGGCGCGCUGCGCGCCGCGCCUGCAGACCCUCAACCUCACCGGCAACCGCCUGGACGCCUUCCCCGCCGCACUCUUCCGCCCCGGCGCGCUGCCGCUGCUCAGCGAACUGGCGGCCGCCGACAACUGCCUCCGGGAGCUCAGCCCCGAAAUCGCCCACCUGGCCUCGCUCAAGACGCUGGACCUGUCCAACAACCAGCUGAGUGAGGUCCCAGCAGAGCUGGCCGACUGCCCCAAGCUCAAGGACAUCAACUUCCGGGGGAACAGGCUGCGGGACAAGCGCCUGGAGAAGAUGGUCAGCGGCUGCCAGACCAGGUCCAUCCUGGAGUACCUGCGCGCCGGGGGCCGCGGGGGCGGCCGGGGCCGGGGCAAGGCCGAGGGCCCCGACCGGGAGGAGGCGCGGAGGAAGCGGCGGGAGCGGAGGAAGAGGGAGUGCGGCGCGGCCGAGGAGGCUGGGGUGGACGAGGCCAGCCGGCUGCUGCUGCGCGUCCUGCACGUGGCCGAGAGCCCGGCCCCGCUGACGGUCAGGGUGAGCCCCGCGGUCGGCGACGUGCGGCCCUUCAUCGUGGGCGCCGUGGUGCGGGGCAUGGACCUGCAGCCCGGGAACGCGCUCAAGCGGUUCCUCUCCUCCCAGACAAAGCUGCACGAGGACCUUUGUGAGAAGAGGACUGCGGCCACUAUCGCAACCCACGACCUCAGAGCCAUCCGGGGGCCACUGCUGUAUGCCGCCCGACCCCCGCAAGACCUCAGGAUUGUCCCCUUGGGGCGCCGGGAAGUCAAGGCCCAGGACCUGGUGCGGCAGCUGCAGCUGGAGGCCGAGGAGCACAGGAAGCAGAGGAAGAGGCAGAGCGUGUCGGGCCUGCACAGGUACCUUCACCUGCUGGACGGGAAGGAGCGUUACCCGUGCCUCGUGGAUGCAAACGGCGACGUGAUUUCUUUCCCGCCCAUAACGAACAGCGAGAAGACGAAGAUUAAGAAAACCACUAGUGACCUGUUUCUGGAAGUGACAAGCGCCUCCAGCCUGCAGAUUUGCAAGGACAUUAUGGACGCCCUCAUCCUGAAAAUGGCAGAAAUCAACAAGUACACUUUGGAGAAUAAAGACGAAGGUUCCCUCUCCGACCACGAAGUCGAUGCCAUUCCUGGACACGUCUCGGAUCCCAGGGCGAGUCCUGGUGCUGGCCAGGCCGGGAGCGCCCCGCUGGUGGUGGAGCAGGUCCGGGUGGUGGAUGAGGAGGGGCACCUGAAGGUGGUGUAUCCGUCCAAGACGGACCUGGACCUCGCUGCCGCCCACGUGACCGUGCUCCGCUGACGGCCGGGCCGCUGCCCCAGGCUCCCAGGGAAGCGCUGUCAGCCGCGCCGGCUCCGCAGGGCUUUCGUGUGGUGAUACUAAAUUAUUCCUUCGCCUCGGUAGUUUUUAAGAUAUAUGCAUUCUUUUUCCAGUUUUCCAGUCGAUUCUGCCAUAGGGGUUGCCACGUUGACACACGCUGAAGUCAUUUCACCUUUACAGCACCGAUUUGACUCUGCCGGUGCUUUUAAUGAAAUCACUUGAGUAUUGGAACUAACUGCUCAAAGGGUUCUGCAAUCAUGUAGCCACACAGCAAAUCACUGUAUCCACAGGGGGAAAGGACAUUGUAAUUGGUGCGAAUAUUUAGUUCUAAGUUGGGAAGCUGAACAACAUGCAUUUUACUGAGCUGCACAGUUAUUUUUCUACGAUACAAUAUCUUUUGAAGUCCUACAGUUCCAGCACUGCAGCUUAGAAAUGUGGGAUGUCAUGGUUUCCAGUUGUUGGAAACCUUAAUCUUUUUAUAAAAAACAUUUUUUAACGUGACCUUAGAAUUGGCAAAAUCAUUUUUCUUACUGCUGCUGUAGGAUGCUUUGGGGGAGGGAGGCAGGGCAUCCAGGAGCGACGGCCCAACCCGCCUGCUGCACUGGCCGGGCUUGGCGAGGGGGGGGGCGUCAGUCGUCUGUAAACUAGCACCAGGGCCGUGAGGUGUCACACCUGCGUCUGGAGGUCAGUGUGCAGGUUUCCCACUGCACAGCGGGCUUCCACGCUCAGACAGGACGGUCAGCCGUCGUCAGCUUGCUCCAGGACGGGGGUGGCGGUGACUGGAGGAGGCACCAGGAGUCACGGGGCAUGUGCUGGACAGGGGGUCUCAGCACCUGGCAGUCUAGGUAUUUCCAGCUCUGCGUCGGCAGUUCACUGACCUCACUGCUCCAGGAGCAGCCGGCACAGGAAAAACUGACCCACCAGCUUUUUCUUGAGUGACGCGCGUUCCAUGGUCUUUGACCUGCAAAGGACAGUUGACGUGUUUUGUCAAAACGACAGGCAGUCGGCAGGUGUGUGCGAGAGCCCCGCCUGGACCCAGGCGCGUAGCGGUCAGGACCAGACCCGCGUGAGGCCCACACCCCACACGCUGGGCCUGCCAUAUGGCCAUGUGGGUUCCCCAGAGCCCGGCCAGCCUUCCUCGAAGGACGU